UAAGACGACCAUGCUGAGGGAAGCUUUACAUUCAGUUGUUAGUCUGGGCAGCAGUUGAACUGGGAAAGCUUUCAUACCUGGGAAAUUACAGCAAAGCAGAGCUGAGGAGACUGAGUGUGUUCGAAUUGACGAGCCAAACCGAACCGAACGAACUCUUCUAAUACAAAUCACCAUCGUGGAAUCGGAUACCAAACCAAACUGUGUGUGUGUGUGUUUGUGUGAUACGAAACAUAAAGUGAGCGUGAGGAAAAAAGAGACAUUUUUGCGUGGACUUACCUCACGCGUAACAGUGAGUCCCGUAGAAUAGAGACACUUUGGAGAACAGUUUGAAGAGUGUGUGUGUGUAAGAGUGUGGUGUUGCUAUUGAACGGAGCUUCGAGAACAUGAUGAUGACGCUGGACAAACUGGACACGGGCAGCAACGGGCGCCACAGACGCCACGCCGAGAGCAGCACGCCCGAACCAAUGGACGGGUACUACAUCGACAUACCGACCCCGUCCACGCGCAGCGUUUCGCCCAUGUCGGCGUCCGUUUCGCCCGGCAAGGAGAAGUCGUUCAGCUUCUUCAAGAGUGUGUACCGCAAGAUAAGCCUCAAGUCGCAGGACGCCGACGAGCUCGAUCAGCUCGGUGUGCACGGGGAGGACGAAGACUCGCGCAGCUCGUCCGUCGAUUCUUGCUCCUCGAUCAGUGACCACCAGCAGCAUCAGCAGCAGCAGCAGCGGGACCACCAGCCAACGGGCAGCAAGCGCCCCAGUGGCCGUAAGCUUCAGCUACAGCUCUCCAACCAGGCCCUCUCGAGUGCGUCCAGCGAUUCGGGCGUCAGUGGCGAAACGGGCUCCAACACCAACAAGCGUAGCGACGAUGGCCGGGAAGAGGGUGAGCAGAGCGGUGCGGAAGGAGCGAAGGAAAACCGGCGCAAAUCGAGACGUUCGUCCGUACUGCGGCUGCUGGAAAGCUUAGCGAUUAAUGCACCGAUCCGGUCGCGAUCACUGUCCUGCAGCAACAGCUCGGUCAACAAUCUGCUCCACCUGAAGGGCCGUGAGUCGAGGGCUGAGUCGAAGUGUUCACUGUUCAGCACCAGCAGUGCCAACAAUGGAGCCAACGGAGGUGGCGGUGAACGAUUGAGCAAAGAGUCGAACAAACCACCGCCCAAGAAGAUCCUGCGCCGGCCCGUCUCCUACACGUAUCUGCGCGGCAUCUCCGGUUUGCCGACGCAGCGAGUGCCACGAUCGUCGGUCUGCUGCGGCUACUAUGGCCGCUGAAGGGCCAGAGUGUGUGUGUGAAAGCACCGGUAGAAACACCAUAUCAUUACUGUUUUCGUCUACUAAGCCACGAAAAUGUUAAAAAAAACACAGAACUGAAAAAAAGUGAAGAACAAAAAAAAAAGCUAAACGAAACACGUGAGUUCUUGCACCAAAACUAAGGCAACAAUUGGGAUCACUGAUACAUACGUUUUCUAAAUUAGUAGAGCGAGCGUGGAUGGAGGUUUAGUGGGAUGGCGCGGCCGGAGACGCCAUGUACCUUAGUAAUAAUAAGCAAACAAACAAAAUGAAAAAAAGACACAGAAUCACAAGCGCUUUCGGUCUCUUUAGAUCUUCGCAACUACUGCCUACUGCUUGCACAUUCCUCUCCUCCCCCCAUUUGGUCACACCACGAAAUGCAGAUAAAUUGUAAAAUAAUACGGGCACACUACCCUUCCUCCGACCUUACUAAGAAAAAACUAUUUGCGAUAAAAAGUGCAAUUAUUCUUACCCGAUCGGACGCGACACGCGACGGGCGACGGGUUGAGUGGAAGCUCUAGGCAACUGUAGUGUUGAACGAUUCUCUUAUGAUACGAUCGUAGCUUCUUUUUCGCAGUUCGAUUAGACAAACGAAGGGUGCAGGGAGCGGGUAGGGCGAGCGAGAUGUAAGAUUCGUUAACUUGUGCAUUAGAGAGAGAGAGAGAGAGAGAGAGAGAGAGAGAGAGAAAGAGAGAAAAUCAAACUAUCGUUAAAGUAAGAGUUAGAGUAGAGCUAUCGGGCCAAAAAAUAUAUGACGAGGCAAAGAAAGGUGUAAAUGCCUCUGCGGCAAUAGAAACAAUUGUCCGAGUGGGGUUUUUUUUGUAAAUAAAUAUUUAAAAAUAAUAA